UAUUUGUAGGUGUGUCAUGUGGCAGGUGUGCUCUGGAUAUCCGUGUGUUGAUUUUAUCAGAUUUUACAUGUAAAUAUAAUUAGUGCACAACCCAUCAGUUUACAUUGUCAACAAAAAGCCAUUUUACCGUAUUUUGAAAUUAAUUAAAACUCAAUAAUGUGAGAAUAAUUAUGCGUAACAAUUGGUGAUGUUUGUUGCUGCGGUUGCUGUUUUCUCUGGAACCAAAUCAAGACAAUAAUGUCGAGCUUUUUCGUACCACCAAUCAUGAAGGUUUAUGGAUGCCUCAAAACUCCAAUCUUGACGAUCUAUGAGAAUUUACUAUCAGGAGACAGAAAUGAAGCGGAUGGGAGAUCCCAUUAUAAUGAAGAGCAACAAGGAGCUUUCAACCUGGUCCAGCCAGACAGGGCCAAGCAAGACACUCUCACAUACUGUCGAGGAUACCCGGGAAAGAAAGACAAUUCGAAACUUUGUGACAAUUGGCUGUUCUACAGCAACAAGGAAAAUGGGCGCAAUGGUAUGUUCAUCGAUGAAGUUCAAGACUGGUUUGGAAACUACUGGUUUCUUGAGAGUCGCCAUGACUACAUACAGAGGGUGUUUCCUAUCCGAGAAAAAUCGAUAUUCAACCAUCGGGCUCAAGAGCUUCAACUUCACGAGGCAAAGAAGAUUCGUGAGGAUCCUGCUGCUAGGCAACGAGUCUUGAUGUCAUAUCGCAUGAUGCUUGAUUUCUGGGGCAUGCAUCUUGAAGAUGAGAGUACUGGAGUGAUUGUACGAGGAGAAAACUGGCAAGAAAGGUUUGAACAUCUCAACAGGUCCUCACACAACUACCAGAGGAUUACCCGUAUGCUGAAGUCUUUAGGGGAACUUGGUUUUGAGCAUCUUAAGUCCCCUUUCUUGACUUUUAUCCUGUAUGAAGUCUUCUUAUCUAAGACAUUGAUCAAUGCCUCCGGAAGCUGUCUUGAUUAUUGGAUCCACUUACUCAGAGAUGAAACAGAAAAUAGAAAUAUAAGAAAAACUGCUCUGGAGUACAGUGGGGAGAGUGGUGGGACAGAAAUGUGUAAAAAUGUUUGCCCUUAAUUAUCUUCGUUAUAAUUAAACACAUUUUUAAAUGUUGAUGUUUGUUUUUGCCGGGAACCUCUGACAAACGGUGUUUCACUCAGAGGUCUCCCCAGGGUAAAUAAGAAAUAAAUUGAAAAUAAUGAACAAAUCAUGCUUCUAAUUUUAGAAGAAUCUUGUUUUUCUUUCUAUUAACUAGUGCCACAAAGCUUUAUUUUCACAAUGGCUAAAACGUGCCUAAAUAUUUUCAUAUAGAAGCAACUGUUUGUAAUUAUAACUUGAAUUAACUUGUGAGUAAAAAUAAUGUUAGAAAAAUUGCUAAUGCUUCUAAUUUAGAAGACUUUAUUGUUAUUUUUAUAUUAUUAACUAUAACCUCAAAGCUAUAUUUUCCCGAUGGUUAAUAUUAAGAAUUAAAGGUGCCCAAUACUUCAUUAUGAGCAAUCGUGUAUAAUUAUAACUUUAAUUAACUUGUAAGUAAAAUGUUUGAGAAAUAAGACCAAAUUGUUGUAACAGUUUUAUUUCUCAUGCUUCUAAUUUUAGAAGACUUUGUUGUUUUUCUUUGUUAUUAACUGUAACCUCAAAGCUAUAUUUCCCCCAGCAACCGUUUGUAAUUAAAACUUGAAUUAACUUGUGAGUAAAAAAUAAUACUUUGAAAAUUUGUUGUAAUAAUAAUUGUCCAAGCUUCUAAUUUAGAAGACUUAUUUAUUUUUCUGUUUAUGAACUAUAACUUCAUAGCUAUAUUUUUCAAAUGGUUAAUCUUAGGAAUUAAAACGUGCCUGAAUCUUUCCAUUUUAAUUAUAACUUGUAAAUAAAAUGUUUGAUUGUAAUCUUAAAAAUUCAAGUACUCCAUAGAACAGCUUUUUCACGAAGUGAAAGAUAGAUUUGAAUAAUAAAGAUGUAAAACAUUAAAUAGGAUUUAAACAUUCCACACAUUCUGUUUAUCUUUUAAAACUUGUACAUACCAUGCACAUUUUAUUGUUUUCUUGUCUUUAAAAAAUAAUAAUAUUCAUACUUUUACUUCGAACAAUCGUUUAACUUGCCCUACGGUACUGGACCCAAUUUCAUAGAGCUGCUUAAGCAGAAAAUAUUGUGUAACAAUGUUUUGCUAAGCAAUAAGCAAGGAUACCGUCAUACAUUACACGUAAAACAUGGAAUAUUAAACAUAUUCUAGUAAGCAUAAUUAUUUUGUGCUUAGCUACUUUUUGUGCCUAGGCAGCUCUAUGAAAUUGGGCCCCGAUAAUUUGGUCCAACAAAUGUGUAUUGGUUAGCCCAAGUAUUGUCAUUAUUUUAACGAUUACGGUCUCGGCUAGUUUUAAAGCAGUCUUUAGCUCUUAUAAUUGUCACUCCUUUAGUUUACAUAAGUUUUCAUGGAUUGUCUUAUAUAAGUUUACUGUUUAAUAUACGCAGAGCCUUUAGCUAACGUAAAUAAAUUAUUUAACCAAGCAGUGGUCCAUACUACAAAGUGACAGUAAUCCUAAUAUAACAUGCUUGGGGUAUUUUUUUUUUUUUUUUUUUUUUUUUUUGGGGGGGGGGGAACUUUUGGGUGACUUGUUUUGGUCACAUUUUGUUCAAACUUCUGCUGCAACAAACAUGUAGUUGUUGACAUUAAUUUCACUUAUUUCGCUGUCAAAAUGUUUAUAAAAUAAAUAAUUAUACAACUCAACUAA